AUGUUUGCCGAUGAUAUCGUUAUCGUGGCCAACUCUGCUGAAGAUCUCCAGGCGAAAAUAAGCAUUGCUGCAGAAUUCUUCGAAGACCGAGGCCUGCAGGUUAACAUCUCAAAAACAAAGGUUGUGAUAUUCGCCAAAAGAAAAUCAAAGUUUUCACCCUCAUUCAAAUGGAAUCAGGAUCAUGUAGAAAUUGUGGACUCAUACACCUACUUGGGAGUGACUAUGCAUAGGAAUGGGAUCUUCAACCUUGCCCACAAAGAAUUCAAAGAUAAAGCUACUACUGCCGUUGUAAAAGUUCCACAAAUAACAAGAAAAUCUGGCGUCCCUCCCUUGUCAAAUUGUUCAAACUCAAAUUCACGUGUAACACCAUUGCGCGAGCUACAGUCUUGUAUGGUGCUUCGAUCUGGGCCUUAA